UGUGCCAUAAAUGUCGCGUGUCAUGCCACGGGAACUAGCCGAUAGGUCGGCGCCACGGUACUGACGUCCGGUAUACUAGUCCACAUUUUUGGCGGCAGCCGCCCAGUCUAAGGUCCAAUCCCCGAACCGAACGGUCGUCCGAAAUACUUAGCGAACGAGUGGUUAGCAGUUCAGUAGAGCGGUAAAAUGGACGCGCGCUUUAGAAGCAAUCUCGAUAUGAUAGGGCGCAACGAGCCCAUCACAAGGAAGGCUAAGUUCUGGCAAAGUUAUGUCCGAGCCUUAAAAGGCACCGAUGAUAUCAGAGCCCCCGAACACACGCACAGACCGCGAGGCAUUUUCCGCUCGGAUUAUCCUGAGCUGCAUUCCGGCCUCUCGUGGCCAUUCGGAAAAUCCAUCUUCGAAAACCCAAUUCACGCCGCUGAUCGCAUCAACGUUCCUGGUUACAGAUAUCUGCCUAUUGCCACGAGCGAAUUUUUGUUUCAUUGCCAUAAAUAUCACGAUACAGCGAAACCGUUCGACCCUGAACAAGCUUGGGCCGAUCAUCUGAACCGCUUGGCACACAUCGACAAAAUGUAUCCGAGCAAAUCGCCUUUGCUGGCUCGGCAUAUAAGCCCGCCACUCAGUACGAAACGAUUGUUCGAUAUUCACGGUGAGUACUGCUCGUCUUCCUUGUUUUUACUCCCGGACAUUCGAUCUACUCGAGAAUUAAUUAUAAAUCGGGUAGAUCGGAGAAUAAGAAAAAAGGACUUAUUGCUGAACGUGAAUGAUGUGCAUCUAGAAUAUGUCUGUUGUAUUUCAGGAGCGUUAUACUACUAUUAUUCGCAGCCAGUUCCACGAUUUCACUUUACCACCCCGUGGUACAAUAAACGUACCACGUAUUAAGAAAAAAACUCACGCCUACUGAUGACUGUGUCCGCCCCGCAUGGAACGCGUGAUACGAAAAAAACCGACGAAAGCUACCGAGCAAACUCACGGAAAAAUAUAGAAAAAAAUGGAUAUGAAAAACGAUCGUUCGCGUCGUCCCCUGAGCAAUUCGAUACCUAUCGCCUGAUUAUUUUAUUUCUCGCAACAGCGCGUAUCAUCGUCCACGGAGUUUUAUUUAUUAACGUUUCUCGCCACCAUGUUUUAUUGUACUAUUCGUUCGUGGUGUCUACGAAUAAAAUAAAACACUGCCCAAAUUUUAA